AGCGUCAGAGUGAGUGCCCUGUCCCGUGUCCUCCUCUGUGCUCCUCCUCCUCCUCCUGCUAGCUUGCAGCUAGCCGCUCAGGUGAACGAGGCCAUGGCGCAGGCUCUGUCCGAGGAGGAGUUCCAUCGCAUGCAGGCUCAGCUGUUGGAGCUUCGGACUCAGAACUACCAGCUGUCUGAUGAUCUCAGGAAGAACUCGUCUGAACUGAACGCCGUCCGUCAGAAAAAUGUUGUUUUGGAAAGAGAUUUUAUCAAAGCGCAGAAGGCUUUGAAUAAGAGCAAGAAAGCUCAGGAGGUGGAGGCCCUGCUGAGUGAGAACCAGAUGCUUCAGGGGAAACUGCUCAGCCAGGAGGACGACUUCCGUCUGCAGAACAGCACCCUGAUGACGGAGCUGUCCAAGCUGUGCACGCAGAUCGAGCAGCUGGAGCAGGAGAACCAGGGUCUGAAGGAGGGAGGGGCGGAGUCGGCGUCCCCCCCUCCCCCGAGCCCCUCCCCCGGCCCCGUGGACGAAGAGCUGCUCCGCCUCCAGGCUGAAAACUCCGCCCUCCAGAAGAAGAUGAAAGCGCUCCAGGACAAAGCCAACAAGAGCGUCGCCACGGAGACGGGCGGGUCGGCCAGCGCCAACAGAGUCUCUGAGGUCACCGGGAAAGGGGAGGAGCCGGGAGCUGAGGGAACCAAUGAGAGCCUGGAACCGACGGAGGUCCAGCUGGAGCUCACAGAGAAACAGAUCCACGGCCGGUCAGAGAAGAGCGUAGAGAAGAUUGUAGCUAAGCAGGCAGCGAUAGGCUGGUCGGCUGCUCUCUGUCCAAUAACUCACUGCUUUGGACCAGAGCUGGAGAUGAAACUCAACACGGAGCAGGAGGAGAAGAGGAUGCUGAGGGAGCAGGUCCACAGCCUGGAGGUGUCCAAACAGGCAGAAAGCACCAAACUGCAGGAGGAGGUGACGAAGCUGUCUGACAAGCUAAAGAAGAAACAGGAGAGUUUUCAGCGUCUGCAGGGAGAGAAAGAGGCUCUGUACAACGACAGCAGGACAAAGAUUGACGAGAUCAACCAAAGAAAAGAGGAGGAGCUAAAGGCCACGAACAUCCGCAUCCAGAAACUACAGUCCGACGUCGUGGCAGCCAAUCAGACGACAGCCGAGCUGAGAGAGCAGAUGCAGAGCAAAGAGAGAGAGCACGACCUGGCUGUGCACACCUUGAAGGACCAGGUAGCCAAUCAGAGUGCAGUCAGUCAGGAACAGGUUGACAACAUCCUGCAGGAUAACGAUGCUCUGAGGACUAACCUAGCUGCUCUAGAACAGAUCCAGACGGUGAAGACCCAGGAGGUGAACCUCCUCCGUGAGCAGCAGGAGGCGCUGACGCUCGAGCUGCAGCAGAGACGAGCGGAGCAGGAGAGUCAUCUGGCUGAGAGGGACGACCUGGACUCCCAGCUGCAGGAGUCGAGCUUUGCCAACAGGAAGCUGUUGGAGCAGCUAACGGAGGAAGGACAUGAGAAGGAGAAGCUGCUGAGGGACCUGGAGGAGGCCAGGAAGACAGCAGAGAAGAGGAAGGCCAUGCUAGAUGACAUGGCCAUGCAGCUGAACCAGGAGAAGUCCGACCACAAGGAGGCGCUGUCUGACCUCAAGCUGCAGCACGAGAAGGAGGUCCUGGGGGUGAGGGCUCGCUAUGAGAAGGAGCUCCGAGGCCUCCACGAGGACAAGAACCGCUCUGAGGAGGAGAUCCGACAGCAGCUCAGAGAGGAGAAGGCCCGGACCAGGGAGCUGGAUGGUCUCCAGCUGCGUCUCGAGGAUCUUCAGGUUCAGAUUCAGUCGAUGGAGGGAACCAAAGGCUGGUUUGAGAGGCGGCUGAAGGAGGCCGAGGAGAAAAUAGAGAAAAACUCUCUGGAACAUCAGGAGGAGAUUGAGAGGCUUCAGAGAGAACACACACUUCAUCUGGAGGAGAAGCAGGCGGAGAGAGAGGGAGUGAAGCAGCAGCUGCUGGAGGUUGAGAAGCAGAAGGAGGGACUCAACGACACCAUCGAGAAACUCAAACAGGAGAUCAAAGACACGGUGGACGGGCAGAGGAUCCUCGAGAAGAAGGGAAGUGCAGCGCUGAAGGACUUGAAGCGGCAGCUGCAGCUUGAGAGGAAGAGAGCCGACAAACUGCAGGAGAGACUUCAGGAGAUCCUGACCAACAGCAAGACGAGGACAGGUCUGGAGGAGCUGGUUCUGUCAGAGAUCAACAGUCCUAGUCGGACCCAGCAGACCGGAGACUCGUCCUCCGUCUCCUCCUUCUCCUACAGAGACAUGAUGAAAGAGACCCAGCCGACCAAUCAGAACAAGUCCGGAGGAGGCAGCCCUCAGUCUCAGCGUCCGGCUGAACUGUCCGACGACGAGGUCGGGGAGCUGUUCCAGCGGCUCGCCGAGGUCCAGCAGGAGAAGUGGAUGCUGGAGGAGAAGGUGAAACAUCUGGAGGUGAGCUGCUCGUCAAUGGCUGAGGACAUCUGUAAGAAGAGCUCCAUCAUCGAGACCUACGUGAUGGACAGCCGCAUCGAUGUGUCGGGCGGGGCCUUCGGGGGUCACGGGGGUCACGGGGGUCACGGGGGCUCUCAGGGGGAGAGAGGAGGUCUGGGUUCGGUCCUCAGGGAUCUGGUGAAACCAGGAGACGAGAAUCUGAGAGAGAUGAACAAGAAGCUGCAGAACAUGUUGGAGGAGCAGCUGACCAAGAACAUGCACCUGCAGAAGGACCUGGAGGUUUUGUCCCAGGAAUUAGUCCGUCUCAGCAAAGAGAGCAGUGCUGGGUCGGGAUGAGGCUAUCGCCUGGAUACAACCAUCCAUUCCUUAGAGUUAGGGUACAUCCAUUCCUUCCCUUCUCACCUCAGCUUGAAGGAAUGGGCUCAGACUAACACCUGGAACCAACAUUUCUUACCUCCCUCCCACCUCUUCCAAUUCAAUGCAUUUGUGUCCUCAGACCCGUUGUGGACUCAGACUAACAUCUGGAGGUUCUAUGAUUUCCCCAUCUCAGUCCACCUGCUGGGUUAUGACUAAAUGCUGGAACCGGUUUAUUCUCAAGGAAGAGAAGGAACGGUAAGCUUUAAAGGCAUAGAAGAAGAAGAAGAACAAUGGGAAUGGAAACGUUGGGCACGGCUCAUUAAUGUUGCUAUUGAAUGUACUGUAAUUAGACUGAACCACUCAGUUCCUCUGAGUCCUGGCUACAACCUGGAAAAUAUUACAUUGUAACAGACUUCUGAUUUCUAUUGUAAUUUACUGUAAAUCUUUCUGUUGGGCUCUGGCUACAUCCUGGAGCACACAUGCCUGCUAUCUGAACGAAUGUGGUUUUAUUGUGCAGUAACUCUGUCGUGAUCUGGCUAUUUCCUGGAGUCCGUGUCUGCCACAAAAUACUUAAAAAACCCAGGGGUCUGUCUACGACCUGGAGUCCGUAUCACACGAUACGUGGCGGAAAGUUCGUGCAUCGUUUCUGUCGGCGUCGUGACCUGAAGGUCAAAGGUCAGACCCUCACGUCAUGAAGAGAUUUCACUGUCACCAUCAACCGUUUUUUUAUUUUUUAUUAAUUUGCUCCCAAAAUUCGUUAAAUUUUUCAAAAAAAAGAAGAAAAAACUGCGAUAUUUGUUCCAGUUGUUGAUUUGAUAAAAGCUCAACGUGACGAGAUGUAAUGAAUACGUCUUCAUCACAACCGGUCGUGGCUAGUUCCUGGAAUAGACAUUAUCUUCAGCCGUGUGACAAAAGGACGUCAAAUGGCUCAGACUAUUUGCUGGAUACGAACGACUCAGUUCUCAUCUAUAUAUAAAAUUCAGGGUUCAUUAUUUUAUGUUUGUCUUUUUAAUUAGAAUAAAAAAUCUAAAUUAUGUGAAAUGAUUUACUGCUUUUAGAUUGUGUGUUCUCUUGUUUUGCAGUAAAAGUCUGACUCGUACGACAUAAAUACCUUUCUGGAAUAUAAAUAUAAAUAUAUAUAUAUAUAUAUAUAUAUAUAUAUUUAUAUUUAUUGAGUCGGGGGUGAAAAAGUACUGUGAUGCAAAAUGGCGCAAUGGAAUCGUCUUUGUUUUUUGCUAAUUCCGUUUUUGACCUCCAGGGACGUGUCUAUGUCUUGGAUCACAUAAACUGUAAUAUGUCUUGCA